GUGGAGGGAUAAACUAGUAACAGUUUGGGAUGCACUCAGAUCUGGGUAAGGUCAUUCAGAGUCUGCUGGACGAGUUCUGGAAGAGUCCUCCUGCCUUGAUGUCCAGCGGCACUGCUGGCUUUCCAUAUAUGUACAAGCAGUCAAGCAUGGCGCCUUACCCCACUCAGGCUUACCAAUAUGGGCCCCGCCACGUUGGCCCCAGCCACACUCCGCCUCCCGGCCCAGCCCCAGCUCUUAUGCCUCAUCCAGGAGUCGAUAGUGCCCAUGGGCAGCCUCGAGCUCCAGCCCCAUACGGACUGAUAUCUGACCUGCAAUUGCCUGUUCCUACUGGAGACUCAGAGGCUGGACUGAACGGACACAUGUACAGGAUGCCUGAGAUUCCUGAGUCUUUUCCUGAACUCUGUGACUUGAAUGGGACACAGUUGUCGGACAUGUCUGAAAACGAGGACAUGUUACUGGAGUUCUUUGUGACUUUGCCACAACUGAAACAGGUGACCAGUGAUAAAGAAGAGCUGGUCACCAAUAUUGUGGACAUGGCUAAGAAAAAUCUUCAGAUGGAGCCACAGCUGGACGGAAGAAGACAAGAAAUGCUCUACAAGUACGAAAUGCUGACUCAGAUGAAGUCUGCCUUUGAAUCAAGGAUGCAGAUACAGCAUGAACUCAGUGAGAGUUGCAGUCUAAGUACUCUACAGGCUCGGCUAAAAAUUGCAGCCCACCAAGCUGAGGAGGAGUCAGAGGAGACGGCUGAAAACUUCCUGGAGGGACGUACGGACAUAGACGAAUUCCUCACCAGCUUUAUGGAUAAGAGAACGCUCUGCCACAGCAGAAGGGCCAAAGAGGAAAAGCUGCAACAUUCGCUUAACACACAUGGACAGUUUCCUACCAGCCACUAGAACACAAGGUUGAAGAUUUCUCAGCUAACUGCUGCCAACUUGAGGGAUAAAGACAUUUUAGGGGGAAAAGCACACUAAGUCAACAAUGGGCAAUUGAGAAAUAGGAAUACGGUGAUGGCAGGAGUGGGCUAAAAAACGAGAAAUUGACUGUGCCCAGACUUGGGCUUAAAAUACUGUUGAAGUUGGAUUGUGUGAAAACAAGAUGGAGAUGCUAUUGAGUCACCACCAGAAGACAAAACUGGGAGUGACACUUGCCUCGCUUUUCCAACCACAUUACUAAGGAUUGAUCACACUGUGGAUAAUUUCUAUUGCACAUGCUGUUCGUCAAGUUUUGACUUGACCGUUAUGACGAAGAGUUUAUUUUUCUGAUUUUCUAUCACCUGCAACUGAUUAGAGUGGUUGCAUGUGAACACGGGAAUUCCAAUCUGGCAUUUUUUCUUUUUCUUGCAGUCAGCAAGUAAAAGUCACUAUAAAAUGAUUGUUAAAAUUCUAAUGUUGGUGUCUGUACUUCCUCUCUGAGAUCAUUGUCAAGUCCUUGCUUUGAUAUCACAGAAAGGUCCUACUGGACAGAGAGAAGAACAACCUGUGAUCUACUGUUUACAUUGGAUUGGUGGUUUUCGACAUUUAAAUGAAACUCAAAAGUAGCAUUGUCACUUUAACAUCAUCAGUUACUGGCAUUCCUCAUUUUGUAACUUGACAAAACAAUUCAAGAUCGUACAACAAAUAAAGAAGCAAGGACUGGGCAGUGUUGUCAGAAGAGCUUACAAGUUUAAAAUGCGUAUGCAUUUUAGACUGUUUGAUUCUUUAUCAGGUUGUGGGGUCCCCUCAAGUAAUGAACACAGCCAUGAUAUCAGUGUGCUUGCACAAACAUUAAUACUUUGAUUAAACUUUCCAAGGCAAUACUCUGAUUUACAUAUUAUUAACAUCAUAACCGUUUUAAGCUGAGGCUGAAAUUCAGAGAACAGUAAACCAUAUAAACGGUUUGAUUACACGUAUACCUUCUGCUCUUACAAUGAAUCGAGUUAUUUGUGUUCAUGUAAACAUACUGAUCAUGACGGGCACCAUGAUGAUAACCCAACAAUUUUGGCGAUCUUUUGAACCUGACAUUUUUUGGGAAAAGCCUCAGAUUUUGGAAAAUGCUGAGGAAUAUUAGGUUAAA